AUGACUGCCGAGGGACAUAAUGUGGACGCCACGUUGAUGGCAAUAGGCCGUGAUCAUGGACACUAUUUUGUACGCAAAACGUUCGGUAAACCAACGUACUGUCACCAUUGCUGCGAUAAAAUCUGGGGUAUGCUCACACAGGGAUAUGCUUGUGAAGGUUGGUUCUUGAUUAUGCACAUGCGGCAAUCAGAUUAUCUUUAUUUGAUUGCAUCGAACCAACUCAGGAAGUUGGACCUCGAUCUUCCCUAUACCAACCUCCACUAG